AUGACACAAGAACAGAACGGUGAGUUUUUGUGUUGUGUUUUACAAUUUUUAUGGCCGGUUCGCCGAAAAAAUGUGCAAACAUUUUGUUUGUAUAGAGGACAGGCAGGUCGAAUGAGAAUAAGAAGAAAAGAAGAGUCACUCUUGAUCGCGAAAAAUAAAAUAUUGAAUCGAAAUGAGUCAUGCAUGCGUUGUGUUGUCCACACACAUAAAUACAUACAAACAUGUAUAUUUUGCGCGUUUGUUAAAGGGCAUUGGCGGCAAGAAAAUCGGAAAUAUUUAGGAGAGAUGGGAAAGGAAAUAUAGUUUUUGAGGGGUUUGGCGAGUUGCCAAGGCGAGUUGUCAUUUUUUGAUCUAUACAAACAUCAAGAGCACAACAAAUGUUUAUGAGAUUGCAACACUUCAGCAUUAAAGACAUAAAAUGUUAGGGAGUGUCAAUAAUAAGUCAAACGGUUAGAAGUUUUUGAAGUUAACGUUUGAAAAAUCUAGAGGACCUAAAAAAUAAUACAUUCAUUUUUUUUUGGAACAAAAUUCAAACUUUGAUUUUAUAAUACCAACCUGAAAUUCGAUAAAAUUAUACAGUUAGAAGUUUUUGAAGUUAACGUUUGUAUAUGUCACACUUAUGAGCUACCAAGUCGCAAUUUAGCACCAAGGAUGCGAAUAUUUUCCCGAGAAAUUAUUAAAAAUGAAACAAUAAAAUAAUUUUACUUUUUUUAUCAAAUAGAAACCAUUUUUUGCAGAAGCGGCGCAUCGUGCGUUAGAACACAUCGAAGAAUACUAUUCCAAAUUGACACGACACGAUGAAGAACUACGCAAUGCUUGUGAAAAAUUGAUAACCACAUUCAAAUCGAGUCUUUUUUCAACACUUCUCGGUUAGUUUUUAUAAAUUUUCAUAACUUUUAGAAAGUCUUUUCAAACAAAUUUUGUGUUUUCAGACUUGCAUGAAUUAUACGAGGGCACAUUAAUGAGUAACCGUUCGUAUCAACAAAAAAUCAACGAUGUAAAACGAAUGGUUGAUCGUUUGGAGAGCAAUCCACUGCUGAACAGAACAACUACAUCAAAUUUGAACUAUAUAACUAGUAAUAAUAAUAUUUCUUCAACUCCAUUGAACUCAGAUCUUCACGUAAGCAUAGUUUUUAUUAUUAUUAUGAUGAUAAACAGUUUCCGUUUUUUGCAGUCAUCGAUAAGAGAUCGAGGAUUUUCCUACUUGGAUGGGCAUGGUUUGAACAACGGAAGUUCACCAUUCGCCAACUCUACUACAUCACAUCUUUUACACGAAAGAUCGCGACAAACUAGUCACGAUGGAACUUGGAAAGAAGUAACCACCCGAAUGGUCGAUACGCCAAGCGGUGUGCAACGUCGAACCGUUGAACACACUGGUGUUAUCGAUGAGUAUGGCAGAAAAUGGGAACUCGAAAAUGUUAUCCUUGAGAAAGGUCACACUGGCCUUGGAUUCUCAAUCACUGGAGGUGCGUAAUUUUUUCCACAUUAAUUUCUUUUUAGGGGUGGUUAGGUAAUAAUUGGUGGGGCUUAUCUAUUUUUCAUCUUAUCUGAUAUAUACAUAUGAGAUGAUUUUUCCAGGAACUGACCAGCCGACUGAAGAUGGUGACACUGCUAUUUAUGUGACCAAUAUAAUUGAGGGAGGGGCUGCGUUGGCCGAUGGAAGAAUGAAGAAAAAUGAUAUUAUUGUUAGUGUGAAUGGAACAAAUUGUGAGGGAGUUAAACAUGAAGUUGCAGUUAAUGCGUUGAAAAAUGCUGGAAAUGUUGUUUCAUUGGUGAGUUAUUGGAAAAAUGAAACACAGGGAAUAUGAACUGACUAAAGAUUAAGAAAUGCUUCAAUUUGGGACUCUUUCUUCAGAGGUAGAUCAUAAGAUCAGAAUAUCAAAAGAUCAUAAUUAAGUCACAACAAUAGAUUAGGAAAAAUUAAUAAUCCCUACCCUCUAGCCUAGUAUAACGAUUAUUUUCAGACCUUGAAACGUCGCCGCGAUGAAAAUGCAGCUACCACUCCACUUCCACUUGCAAAUUUCGGCGGUUCAAACAGCCAUCUUCGCAACGGAUUGACACCCUCAUUAAGCGCCGGUAAUCUCACACACGCUGCCGCUCAUUCACCGUUAGCUCCUCUUCAUCCGCCACCGCCGCCACCUGUUCAUCACGGUUCGUUGAGUCAAUUGUCAUCAAUGCAAUACCGAUCAAAUCGACCAAAUACCACAUUCCUCGAAUUGUACAAGGUUUGUUGUUUUGUUUGUUUGCGUAAACCUAAAUAUAAUAAUGGUUUUUUUUUCAGGGAACAAAAGGUUUGGGAUUCUCGAUUGCUGGAGGAGUUGGAAAUGAAAAUGUUCCUGGAGAUACUGAUAUUUAUGUAACAAACAUUAUUGAUGAAGGAGCUGCUGAUAUUGACGGAAGGCUUAGAGUUGGUGACAAGAUUUUGGAAGUUGACAACAUCCCACUUGUUAAUGUAACUCACGAACAUGCUGUAGAAGUGUUGAAAAAUACUGGAAACCGUGUCCGUCUUUUGGUGCAAAAAGGAAAUGGACCAGCUUUCAAUGAUUCAGCUAGCCAACAAUUUGUACCAACAACACCAAUAAUGAGACGUGAGUGAAAUUAAGGUAAAUGAAAAUAAUUGGGGAAAUUUUUUUCAGCAAGCUCAGUUCAAGAUUUUAAUAGAUCUUAUGAUUCGCAAUCUCAUUUGUCUUAUGGUCAACCACAAUUGAAUCAAAGUUAUUCGCAAGCACCAGUUGCUAUUCCACUUGAACCUAGACCUGUUGGACUUUACAAAGGGCAAAAUGUAAGUUCAAUUUUUCAUUGUACAAUUUUCAUACAUAUUUUUGAACUAAAACAAUGCGUUUUGGACGUUGGCAAUUUUAUGAUUUAAGGGUCUUGGAUUCAACAUUGUUGGAGGUGAAGAUAAUGAGCCAAUUUACAUCAGUUUUGUUCUACCAGGCGGAGUUGCUGAUCUUAGCGGCAAUGUUAAAACUGGAGAUGUUUUAUUGGAAGUCAAUGGAAUCAACUUGAGAGGGGCCACUCAUAAAGAAGCAGCUGAAGCAUUGAGAAAUGUUCAAAACCCAGUUAAACUUGUUCUUCAAUACAGACCACAAGAUUAUCAAAUUUUCGAAUCAAAGAUUGAGCGUUUGAGAAAUGAUGUGAUUGCUCAAAGCAGAAUGGGAACUCUUCAACGAAAAGAGCAUUAUGUGCGAGCUUUGUUUGAUUAUGAUCCAACUAGAGAAAAUUCGGUUCCACCACACAGAUCAAUGGGAUUUAACUAUGGAGAUGUUCUUCAUAUUAUCAAUUCGACAGAUGAUGAAUGGUGGACAGCUAGAAGAGUUAAUGAAAAUGGUGAAGAAAGUGCAGAUGGUGUGAUUCCUUCAAAGAAACGUGUUGAGAAACGUGAACGAUUACGACGCAAGCAAGUCAACUUCAAUGCCGGAUCACAAUCCCUCGGAAGAAACUCCUCAACUACCGGACUUGAACACCGCCGUGGAAGUCGAAGUCAAUUAUCGUUCUCGAGAAAAUUCCCAUUCGUCAAGAGUACCGAUCGAUUGAACGAUCUUGCUGAAGAACAAGCCAAUAUUUCUGAAGAACCUGUAUUCUCAUAUCAAACUGUUGAUCAACAACAAAUCAAUUAUGUUCGACCAGUUAUUAUUCUUGGAGCUUUGAAGGAUAGAAUCAAUGAUGAACUUGUAUCAAGAGAUCCAAACCGAUUCAGCAGUUGUGUACCACGUUAGUUUUUUUUCACUAAAUUUAUUACUUUUUUUAAAUAUGGUUUUUACAAAUAACAAAAUUUCAGACACUUCCCGACCACCACGAGAAAACGAAGUUGAUGGAAGAGAUUAUCACUUUGUCAACAAACACAAAAUGGAGGAUGAUGUUAAAAAUAACCUGUUCAUUGAAGCUGGGCAAUUCCAGAAUAAUUUGUAUGGAACAAGCAUUCAAAGUGUUCGCGAAGUUGCCAAUCAAGGAAGACACUGUAUUUUGGAUGUUAGCGGAAAUGCUAUUCGUCGAUUGCAAAGUGUAGCCAAUAUUCAACCAAUUUCCAUUUUCAUUAAACCAUCAUCACCACAUCAAAUUAUGUGAGUAGAAAAGGGGUUUUUUUGUGGCUAGGAUGGUCUUUUUAAUAUGAGAAGCUUUGAAAUGAUGAAAUAUUUUUAUUUUUAAACAGAUGUGUUGUAUCUAAAAUUUAAAAUGAAUUUUUUCCAGCGACCUUGACCGACAAAUGGCUGCUUCCCGACCCACCCACGACGAUCGACCAUUGAGCGAAGAAGAAGCAAGUGCACAAUAUCAACGAUGUCAGCGAAUUGAGCAAACUUUCGGAGAUCUUUUCACACGUAUGUUUUUUUGAAUUUCAAUAUUCUUAGAUCUUUUAAUAUCCAAAUCACACUAAACCGAUAUUUUUGUUCAGAUGAAAUCUCGAAUGCUCAAUCAGCAAACGAAGUGCUCAACCGAGUAUAUCAAUUGAUUUCCAAAGAAUCACAAUCACCAAUUUGGGUUGCUAGACAUUAA